GGACAGAGUUGCACGGCUUGUAUCAUGGCUGUUGCACACGCUGCCUGAAGCGUGGCCCGCUAUCUCAUUGCUGACGAUAUCCCGCUCACCCGCCGCCUUCAUAAACCAUGCCUCGCCUCCCGCGCCUCCGCCGUAGCCCCCUGCGUGUCCCUCCGCCCCUCGCAGCUCGCCCGCGAACAUGGCCGACCCGCGUCCCCCGUCCAACGGCCCCUCGCGCGCCAUCUCGCGCUCCCACUCCCGCCGUGCAUUCUCGCGCCCCCGCACGUCGCGCAACCCCUCUGUCGUCUCCGUGCCGUACCUCCCCACCGGCCCCAAUGUGCUCAUCAACCCGGACGGCCAGAUUGACGACGAGACCGCGGAGCUGCUGCACGAGUUCGUCCACCCCCACCACCACGCUGCCGAGGACACGCUCGUCGCGGAGGAGGACGAAGAGGACGACGGCGCGUUCGAGGCGGCGAUCCUCGAGUGGAGGCAGGGGCUGCCCUGGUGGAAGCGUCCCUCGCCCUGGUGGUUCAUCAGCGGCGUGCCCUUCUCGUCGAUCGCGAUGUCCAUGACCCUGGCUCCGCGUAUCCAGAUCUACACUGAGCUCGCGUGCGACCAUUACAAGCCCGAAUACACGAACAAGACCCUCGAGGUCGUCGCGAACACCAUCUCAAUGUUCAACAGGCCGUACGAGUUGUGUGUGACGGACCCGGACGUGCAGCAGGCAGUGUCCCGACUCUCCCUCACGAUGCUCACCACCAUGGGUAUCCUCGGCUGUCUCACUACGGGUUUCUGGGGCUCGAUCUCCGAUCGCUACGGACGUACGAGGAUCAUGAGCCUCGCUGUGGUUGGCAUGCUCAUCACGGACGUGACCUUCAUCUCGACGGCGAAGUACUCCAGGCUAUUGCCUGGCGGGAUGUGGUUCCUGCUCAUUGGUCCCUUCGUUGACGGCUGCUUGGGUAGUUAUGCUACUGUCAUGGCGGCCAUACACGCAUAUGUCGCGGAUACCGCUGAGCCCGCAGCGCGCGCUCGCUUCUUCUCGCUGCUCAUCGGGCUCCUCUUCAUCGGCAUCUCCGUCGGGCCCACGCUCGGCUCGCUCGUCAUCAACCGCACGCACAACGUCCUCAACGUCUUCUACAUCGCGACCGCGGUGCACGUCGUCUUCGCGUGUCUCGUCUGGCUCGUCGUCCCCGAGUCACUCUCGCCAAUGCAGCUCCAGCAGGCGCGCCGGAUUCGCGUCGUUGCCGCGGCCACGACGAAGAAGAAGGCGUGGUUCCGCCGCGUGUUCGGGUUCCUGGAGCCGCUUGCGCUGUUGUUGCCUGAGGGGAUAGGCGAACCGCAGGCGGCGAACCCAUUGAAGACGCCGAAGCGCGAUUGGAGCUUGUUCUUGGUCGCACUUGCGAAUGGGUUCGUGCUGAUGCUCAUCGGAUCUAUCACCUCGAAGAUGCAGUACAUGUCACUCAUGUUCGGGUGGAAUUCCGAGAAUAUUGGCUACUGGACCAGCAUCGUCGGCGCCGCACGCGCCUUCCACCUCACCGUUUGCCUACCUAUUAUUAUUAAAUUAUUCCAACCCAAGACUCCCCCUGUCCAACUCCCCACCGAGCCCGACGAGCCCCUCACCUCUUCCUCCUCCCCCUCCUCCCCUCCCCCCACCGCCGCUCGCACCAGCUCCCCGAAGUCACACCCCCAUUCGCUCACAUUCGAUCUCAACCUCGCGCGGUGCUCGAUCGCGCUCGACAUCGCCGCAUACACGCUAAUGGUGCUCGCGCCCUCGGGCGUGGUCUUCACGGCGUGGUCCGUGCUCGGCGCGUUCGGCUCGGGCUUCGGGCCGUCCGUGAGCAGCGUCGCGACGACGCUGUACACGCGCAACGGCGGGAAGGAGCUCGGGAAGCUGUUCGGCGCGCUGAGCGUCGUGCAGAUCGUUUGCUCGCAGGUCGUCGGUCCGUUCUUGUAUGGCGUGACGUUCAUGCAUACGGUCAAGACCUUCCCGCAGGCGGUCUUCGUGCUCUCGAUCGGCUCGCUCACGCUCGCGUUGGUCCUUCUCUUGUUCAUCCGCUUGCCGAGGGCUGCGCCGCUGGACGUCGAGGAGCCUGCUGGUGCGGGCGAUGCCUCUGAGCCGGCGCGUGCCCACUUGGAGCGUGAAGAUACCCUUGUGGAUUUGCAGCCGCCUUUGAUUGUCAUAGAGGAGGUGGAUGACGAAGGGCGGGGUCGGAAGGCAGAUGUGAAGCCCGCGGAUGCCGUUCCAGCUUGAAGCAUGAGGAUCCGUCUCUAUUCACCUCGCAUUGAUCACUGUUUCCUUUCAGACUCUUUCUUGGCGCGUAUUGUUUCCAUCCGACCGCCGCCUCUUCGUGUUGUACUUGUACCAUUUCGCAUAGUGUUACUAGUAGAAACCCUGUAACGU